AUGGGGCGAGCGGGCACGUGGACCCCUCUCCAUACGGACGUGCUGCGCUCCUACAGCUGGAGCGUCAACGUGUGCGGGCGCAAGCGCUGGCUGUUCCUGGAUCCGGGUCAGGGUCACUACAUGCGGCACAAGCACACACGGGCCACCGUCUAUGACAUCGACUCCCCUGUCCACCCCAAUCUCUUUCCUGAAUUUCACAAGGCGCGCUGGUGCAUGGUGGAGCAAGGAGCAGGGGACGCCAUCUUUGUGCCCAGCAACUGGUUGCAUCAAGUCACCAACCUGGAGGACACUAUUUCCAUCAACCACAACUGGAUCAACGCCACUAACCUCAUGCACACUUGGCGUCUGUUGAAGGAGGACGAGCAGGAGGCGCGUGCAGCGAUCUGCGAUGUGGAGGAGAUGGUGAAGGCGGGGCAGAUGACAGAGAGGGAGUUUCAGCAGCUCGUGCAGCGCAACCUCAUGGCCAACUCGGGGAUGAACUACACUUCCUUCCUCUCUUUCUGCUCUUUCUUCGCCGUGCGAGCCAUGCGCACCGCGCUCCAAGAAGCAUGGCGAUCCGAGAAGGAGGACCAAGUCAUAGACGCACCGGAGGCGCGAGUGAAAGAGCUGGAAGCCAGAUGGACACAGAGCAUGGGAUCGUCCGAGGACAAGGAGGGGGGGUUGACAGAGGAGCUUGGAAGGGGCUUGAGGAGCAGAAGGGGAGGGAGUGGGGGAGGGGUGCAGCAGGGGGCUUUGCAGGGGGGUGUGCGGGGGGGUGUGCAGGGGGGUUUGCCGGUGUUGCUGCAAGCGAAAUAUGACCUGUAUGAGAUUGCAACUGUUCUGGAUGAUAUGGUUCUCACCAAGUGGUAUCAGCAGGGGCUGUGGCAGAGGGAUGGGGAGGGAGGUGUGGAGGGGAAGGGCGUUGAGACGGGAGAGGAGGAAGAGGAGAAGGGAGGGGGGGAGGAAAAGGCGGAAGGGGAGGAGCAAGGUGCAAUUGGUGAGGAGAAGGCUGAGUUAGGACCGUUCAGGCUUGCCAUGCUUUGUAGAAUCGUUGGAGAGCCGUUUGAAGGUGGUGACAAUUUGUUCUUCAGAUGGAGUUAG